UCAUAAGCUGGUAGAAAUUAAAACUCGGUGUUACCAAAUGUAUACACUAUCUAAUCCAUCCUUAUAUAAACCUUCUGUUCAAUUGUAGCAGAGUGUAAGAAACAAAACUAAGACAGAGUACAAAAAAACAUUUGUUUUUUCUCUAGUCUUGUCCUAAUGGAAUGGACUAGAGGAAGAAUCCUAGGCCGAGGCUCCACAGCCACCGUCUGCGCCGCCAUGUAUCGUAGUUCAAACGAAAUCCUCGCCGUCAAAUCCUCCGAGCUUCACCGGUCAGAGUUCUUGCAAAGAGAAGCCAAGAUUCUCUCCUCGCUGAACUCUCCUUAUGUGAUCCGGUACAGAGGAACAGAAACCAAGAUAGAGUCAAACGGCGUCGUUACGUAUAAUCUUUUGAUGGAGUACGCACCGUACGGAACGUUGACCGUCGCGGCGGCGAAAAACGGGGGCCGACUCGAGGAAGCUAUGAUCGUGAAGUACACGCGCGAGAUACUACGAGGCUUGGAGUAUAUUCACUCGAAAGGGAUCGCGCAUUGCGAUGUAAAGGGGAGCAACGUGGUUGUCGCGGAGAAGGGUGAGGCCAAGCUUGCGGAUUUCGGGUGUGCGAAACGGGUGGGCUCGGAGACGGUGACGGGUACGCCGGCGUUUAUGGCUCCAGAGGUGGCGCGUGGGGAGAAACAGGGGAGUGAGAGUGAUAUAUGGGCGGCUGGGUGUACGGUGAUUGAGAUGGCUACGGGCUCUCCGCCGUGGACGGAGGCGAGUUCAAGGGAGGAUCCGGUUUCAGUUCUUUAUCGGGUCGGGUAUUCGGGUGAGACUCCGGAGCUUCCUUGUUUGCUUACGGACGAAGCAAAGGAUUUCUUGAAAAUGUGCUUUAAGAGAGAAGCAAAAGAGAGACGGACGGCUACACAACUCCUAAACCAUCCGUUUCUGAUAUCUAAACCGGACAUUGAACCGGUUUUGGUUUCGAGUUCACCGACAAGUGUGACAGAUCAAACGUUUUGGCGAUCAGUGGAGGAAGAAGUAGUAGAAGAAGAAGAAGAAGCAGUGGAAUUGCAAGAUGAGUCAAGAAAUCUAGACCGUUUAAACUUGUUGGCUUGUUAUUUGGAGAGGAUCGGACGGCUGAGAUGUGUUGGUGGGUUGGAUGGGCCCAGAUGGGAUAUGGAAGGUGGGGACUGGAUCACGGUGAGGGUGAGCUGUGAAGGAACAAUGAUUAGUGGGUCACUCACAUGAGUAUUUGGGAGAAUUGUAAGUUGAUUUGGGGUUAUUUGUUGAAUUGUAGAAAGGAUUGGGUGUUGAUAUUAGUGAAGAUCUCCAAUUUAGGGAGAUCGAUGUAGUAGCUUGUUAGUCUUUGAAGCUUCUAUUAAUGUACAUAGUUAAAAUCACGAUUUUUUAAAAACCAAAUCCAAUGUUGAUUUCUGUAGAGUUUCAAGGUUUGUUGGCCUGCACAAGAGAAUUAAUGUUGAACUAUUACAUCGAAA